AUGCUCUCCUCACGAGCAUCAAAGAACAUUCCCGCAACAGCAGCAGCGGCGUUUGCUUCACCAAAAACGACCUACCCCACCACCACCACCACCACCACCACCACUUGGACAACCACAACGACGACCAACUCUCACCACUUUUCCAAUCCCACCACCCUCCCUCUCAAGAAAAAUCCCCUCCCUCAAAAUGUCCACCACCCCUCAAAAUCCUCCCCCCCUCCCACCAACAUAACCUUCGGACCCUAUCCCAUCCCCCAUUCCCAAAUCUUCCUCCUCACCCCCCUCACCUUUGCCCUCGUCAACCUAAAGCCUCUUUUGCCAGGCCACGUCUUGGUGUGCCCUAUCCACCCACACAAACGCCUCACCUCUUUGUCUCAGGAAGAACUCCUCGACCUGUGGUCCACCGUCCAAAAAGUCCAGGUCAUGCUCGCUAGGCAUUACUUCCCUUCCCCUGGCGCCCCGGAGCAAGGGAGUUUUAACAUUGCUGUUCAGGACGGGCAGGAGGCAGGGCAGACGGUGCCGCAUGUGCAUGUGCACGUUAUUCCGAGGAUCAGAGGUGUGACGGAGAAGGGGGGGGAUGGGGCGGGGGAUGAGCUUUAUGAGAGGAUGGCUGGGGAGGAGGGGAAUGUAGGGGGUGCGUUGUGGGAUAAAGUGAAUGGUUGUGGGGGGGAGAGGCCGGUGGGGAGGGGAAAGUUCGAUCGGAUUGAGGAUGCGGAGAGGAUGGCGAGGGAGGCGGGGGAUAUGCAGAGUGAGGCGGAGGUGUAUAAGCGGGUGUUGGAGGAGAUGGAGAGGGAUGAGGUUAGAGAUUAUGGGAUAGAGAAUGAAAAUGGGGAAAAGAUGGCUGACGAUGUGGUAGCAGGUGAAGAAGUAAAGUCACGGCAGCGGGGGGUGGUGGGCUUUGGAGAGUAUUUGAUCUUGGAAAUCAAAAAGAAUCUCGGGUUGGCCAAGCAAGAGGUGGAGGCGUUGAAUAAAGGGUUGGAUAAUGGCUAUGUUCGCAAGCCGAUGAGUGAAUUUGCUGGAUGGUAUGAUUGGUUGUCGAGGAAGGGGGAAGCGGCAAUUGAGGAUGAGGAACCACCAGACGUUGGAAAGCUAUUCGAGGGUGAUAAAAGAGCGAUGAAGGCUUUGGACCGGUUUGAUGGUUUUGACGACGACAGGGGACCAGGUGGUUGGGAAGACUAUCAAGUGGACUACGAGUUUAUGGCGCUGUAUGAUCAGAAAUAUGACCAGUGGAAGGGCAAGAGGAGGAAGCAGAGGCGGGAGGCGAGGAAACGGCGGGCGGCUGGGUGGGAAACAUUCAUUUCAAGCAAGCCUGCACACGAGCCUUUCUUCGACGAAGACGAGAACUUUUCCCUUGGGCAUGGCUCGGACGUUGACGGAUCGGGCAAAGACAAGACUGUCCUGAUCAGGAUUUUGAACGAGAAGAAAGGUGUGUCUGCGAAUUGGCACGUCAACUUUGGAGCCUUGACGGUCGAUGAGGACGUUCAGAGGAGGUUUUUGAUCGGAGUUGCGAGGGCCGAGAGGCAGCGCAAGCUUGCUUUUGUGAGAUUGCCCAUCAAGGGUGAUGAUCUAGGGGGAUGGCUGGCGGCCAAGGGGGUCAACGGGGGGAAAGGUGGGAAAAUAGCAAAGUAG